GGAACUCGUAAAUACUUUUUUUAUGUCUAAAGCAGGAGGGGAUACUUGUUUUAUUCUUCUGGCUGGAUUUCUUGUCUUUUUCAUGCACGCAGGUUUUGCCAUGUUAACAGCAGGUUCUGUAAGAGUUAAAAACGUCAAGAACGCUUUGUUCUUGCUUUUAAUAGAUUGGUCAGUCGGUUCCAUAGCGUAUUACUUGUUUGGUUACGCCUUUGCUUUUGGUGGCGAGGAGCAAGAUGCCGCUAGGGGUUUCAUUGGGCAACAUUUUUUUGCCCUAUCUGGUAUUCCAUCUUUAAGGAAAGAUUUGGAAGCAAUACCCGAUGAAGCUUCACCUUAUCUUCAAGGAAGUUAUACUUACUGGCUGUUUGAAUGGAGUUUUGCUAUCACUGCUGCAGCUAUUGUGAGUGGUUCCGUUGUGGAACGCGUUUCAGUAGAAGCUUACUGUAUAUUUUCUUUUUUCAUGACCUGUUGGAUAUAUCCAAUUUUCGAACACUGGGCUUGGAGUAGAACAGGUUGGCUUGGAGCCCUCAAACAAGAUGGACCGCUAUUUCUUGGAAGUGGCUAUAUUGACUUUGCAGGUUCAGGAGUGGUUCAUAUGGUUGGUGGUAUCGCCGCUCUUUGGGGUACUAUUUUUGUAGGUCCUAGAAUAGGUCGUUUCGAUAUGGAAGGAAAACCGGUUCCUAUGCCUGGUCAUAGUGCAAGUUUGGCAACAACUGGAACUUUUGUCCUGAUGUUCGGCUGGUAUGGUUUUAAUGCAGGUUCUAUGUUGGGAAUCUCUUCUUCAGACUCGUACAUAACGGCAAGCAGAGCCGCAGUAAAUACCACACUCGCACCUGCAGCUUCUAUGUUAACUGCAAUGGCGUAUACUCGCCUCCGUUCGGAUUGUUAUGAUUUGGGAGCAUCUUUGAAUGCUAUUCUUUCAGGAUUGGUUGCAAUAACAGCCCCUUGUGCAGUGAUUGAGCCUUGGGCAGCUUUAAUUGUCGGCAUGGUUGCUUGUUUGAUAUAUUUACACGGUUCUAAAUUGAUUGUGAGGUUGGGUUUAGAUGACCCUUUAGAUGCCGUAUCGGUUCAUUGUUUUUGUGGCACUUGGGGUGUUUUUUCGACUGGUUUAUUUGCUGCUGAAGACCCAAGAAUACAAGCUUAUGGCACCGUAAGUAAAGAUUAUGGUGCAUUUAUGGGAAGUGGAGGAAAUUUAUUGGCUUGUCAAAUCAUUGGCAUUUUACUUAUUUGGGGUUGGGUAUCUUUGAACAGUGUUAUAUUAUGGUUUUCAUUGAAAUUUCUUGGUAUCCUUCGAGUUCCACCAGAGGAAGAACUUGCAGGAAUGGAUACAUCAAAACAUGGUGGACCUGCUUAUCACUCUGAAAAUAUCGACAAUACUAAUGAUGAGGAUUUGCAGGAACUGAGAGGAGCAGAAUCAUUAGAGUUUUCGAGAAAGGACAAUCUUGGUAUGGACAAUGGAAUGUCUAACAACCGCGAGAACAAUAGUCAUGAUUCGAAUGGCAAUAGCCAUGUUUCGUUGACACAAACUCAUUAGAAACUACUUCUUUAGAAAUAGAGCAGUUAACUUUUAAAGUCAUGGCAUAAAGCUACUCGAACAUGUCUUGAAAAGAGUUAUCCAUUAUAAGAGUAGUUGUCGCGACUCAUUUAGCCCAGUUUCUAGAGAAUAGUAGACAAAAUUUUGAAGGAAUUGCAGGAAGACUUCUGUAUCUAUCCACUAUAAAAAAGUUUUCAUUCAU